GCCGGCCGGCGCCGGUGACAUCACGCGGCCUCUCCAGGCGCCCACACAAAGCGCUUCGCGGUGAGGCCGCCGCCGCCGGCCGGCCCUCCUGCCCUGCCCGGCCGCCCUCCUGCCCUGCCCGGCCGCCCUCCUGCCGUGCCCGGCCGCCCUCCUGCCCUGCCCGGCCGCCCUCCCGCCGCCCGCCGGCCCUUCCCUGCGCGCGCGGGCCUGGGAGGGGCGCCCCAGCCGGCUGCGCAGCAUGCACUGGGGGGUUGGCUUGGCCUCGUCCAGGCCGUGCGUGGUGCAUCUGAGCUGCAACCAGAGCGUCUCCUUCCUCGGCUGGUGGGCCGGGUCCGAGGAGCCCUUCUCCUUUUAUGGGGACAUCGUCGCCUUCCCUUUGCAGGAUUACGGUGGGAUCAUGGCAGGGCUGGGCUCCGAUCCCUGGUGGAAGAAAACCCUUUACUUGACCGGCGGUGCUUUGCUGGCCGCAGCUGCGUAUCUGCUCCACGAACUCCUGGUGAUUAGGAAACAACAAGAGAUUGACUCCAAAGAUGCUAUUAUUUUGCAUCAGUUUGCAAGACCUAACAAUGGUGUCCCCAGUUUGUCUCCAUUCUGUUUGAAAAUGGAAACUUAUUUAAGGAUGGCUGACUUACCCUAUCAGAACUAUUUUGGCGGAAAACUCUCUGCUCAAGGGAAAAUGCCUUGGAUUGAAUAUAAUCAUGAAAAAGUUUCUGGCACAGAAUUCAUAAUUGACUUUCUGGAAGAGAAGCUUGGAGUGAAUUUAAACAAAAACCUCGGCCCACAUGAAAGAGCUGUGUCUCGAGCGGUGACCAAGAUGGUGGAGGAGCAUUUCUACUGGACGUUAGCUUAUUGCCAGUGGGUGGACAAUCUCAAUGAGACCCGGAAGAUGCUCUCUCUUAGUGGUGGUGGUCCCUUCAGUAACCUGCUGAGGUGGGUCGUGUGCCACAUAACGAAAGGAAUUGUGAAGCGCGAGAUGCAUGGCCACGGCAUUGGCCGCUUCUCAGAGGAAGAGAUUUACAUGCUGAUGGAGAAGGACAUGCGGUCUUUAGCAGGGCUUUUGGGUGAUAAGAAGUACAUCAUGGGGCCCAAACUUUCCACUCUCGACGCCACCGUCUUUGGACACUUGGCACAGGCGAUGUGGACCUUACCAGGGACAAGACCUGAACGACUGAUCAAAGGUGAGCUGAUCAACCUUGCCAUGUACUGUGAGAGGAUAAGGAGGAAAUUCUGGCCCGAGUGGCACCAUGAUGACGACAACACCAUCUACGAAUCUGAAGAGAGCAGCGAAGGCAGCAAAACCCACACCCCCCUGCUAGACUUCAGCUUUUACUCAAGGACAGAGACCUUUGAAGAUGAAGGAGCAGAGAACAGUUUUUCCAGAACCCCAGACACAGACUUCACUGGACACUCGCUCUUUGAUUCUGAUGUGGACAUGGAUGACUACACAGACCACGAACAGUGCAAGUGACGCCCAGUCUCAGCGACCCUCCUCCUCGGAGCUGCCUGUCCCAGGGUUGUUCCGGUUCCAGGUAGAAAUCCAUCCGUCCUGGGAGGACACUGGGGCCUGGUCCACGAGCUAACUGGACUGUGGCCGCCUUAUUCCUUUUUUGUACAAACAGAACAUAGAACCAUUCAGAUGGCUCCAUUUAAACAGCCCCCAACUCUAAAACAGUCAGCAUGGUUCCCGAAACCCAUUUUUGUUUCUCUGAAAACUGACAUUGUGUGGUGAAGCAGCUGAGUGAGUGGGUUAUCAGCUGACAGUGUUUAUACUGAUCCUCCGCAACCGAGGGAUUGGUGAUGAGCUAGAUUCUUGGGCAUCCUUCAUCCUCCAGGAUAUGAAGUAUGAGAGAAAGCAGAAAACAUGUAGGAUAUAAAUGUACUGUGGCAGUCGCUUGUACUUUCUGUGUGUAUAUUGUAUGUUGAACAUAAGUCAAAUAAAAUCCACAGAUACUCAAUGAACACCUACUGUGUGCAAAGCACUGUGCUAGGUGCUAAUCAGUUUAAGUUUCAGUCUAAGCUUUGCCAGUGACUAGCUGUGAUUUUGGGCAAGUCCCUUAACUAUUGCGUGCCUCAUUUUUCCCACCUGUAAAGUGGGGAUGACAACACUCUCCACCUAUCUACCUACCUCACAGGGAUGUUGUGGGGAUUCUUGUGGUAACAUUCCUAUGGCUCUUUCAGCCUCUCAGAAGUGUUGUGACAUGAACACAACAUUUACCCUUUAUUGUGCUUCAUUUGCGUGAAGAUCUCAAGGCAAAGGAAUUUGAUAUCCGGGCAACAAUGCCCACGGUCACUUGCAGAAGUUGAGCAGAUGAUGCAUACACAAGGUCACCGUUAGGAAAUUGUCAUCAUUCCCCUUGGAGAUUCUGUUUGAAUCAGAAUCAUUGAAAGAACAUUGGGAAUAGUUUUACAUAUCACCCUCUCUUUAAGAUGGUCUUCAAUUCUACAGCGUUUUUACAGAAAAAUUUCUUUGGUGGGCUGCACUCACACUGGAUUGCUGUUCUUUGUGUGUCCUGAGUCAAGCUCAGGAAUCUUGGGGAGAGAGCUGUAGAGAUGAAAGGGGAAGUGAUUGAUUGAUUUUUGUAAGGCAGAAGCUUGCCGACUUUUAAUGUCGUUUUUGAAAACAAGCCUUGGAAAGAUGUCCUGAAAAGGUGGGACAGGCCAAGGAUCGUGGAACCUGUACCCAGACCCGUGCAGCGGUAGGCUGCGCAGUCUUAUGGCAUUCUCAGCGGCUGCCCAGUGGGAGCUGGGCAGUGCUCAGAAUGACCACAGUGUUUCUUAAGGGUCAUGGGCCUUCUCGUCCUCCCUGGAUCGCUGUGGAGCACAGGAGCUGCUGUGGUUAUCCGCAUUUGAGCAGGCAGUGUCAUCUCCAAAGGUAGUUUUUGUUGACUUAGGACAUUUCCCAAGCAAAUACGGGGUGAAGAUCCCUGUGUGAUGCGGGCUAUGGCUUUGGGCCAGGAGAACAAGAUUUACAACUGUAGAGAAAUUAUUUUGCUUCUGACAAAAGGAUUAUUUAUUAUUCAGUUAGAGGAAUAGUCUUUCUUUCUUUUUCUUCUUUUUAUUUAACUUUUUUAACAGGAUCUCCCUGUGUAGACCAGGCUGGCCUUGAAUGCUAAUGAUCCUUCUGCUUCAGCCUUCUGAGUGUUGGGAUCACUGACAUGUGUCACCAGGUCUGGCUUAGAGGCGUUUCUUAAGAGACAAAAGCUUCUGAGAAAUUCAUGUACUUUACUUGAAGAAAACAAAAGCUAACUUUUGAAUAUUGCUUGCAUUACAAUUUGGGAACAAAUGCUGAAGUCAGAAAUUCUUAUUUCGCAGCAAACUUAGUUGAUACUAUUUUAUUAAAACCAUACCUAUGCGAGGCGACUUUCUGAUGCCUGAUGUGAACAGGGUAGAGGACAUAAGUGUGAGUAAGCCUGUCUUCAGCUUGGAGCAUCAUUUGGAGAACUGUUCACCUCCACUCUCUUUAGCAAGCCGUGUGAAGCAGUGUCAGCAGCCGUGUGGCCCUCGGCACAAUAUGAACGUGAGCAGAGUGGGCAGGGGGCCCACAGACCGUCUCUAUCAGGACCCAGUUUCCCUUUUUCCACUCUUGACUGGAAACUUUGCGUACUCUAUAUUUGCUGUGUAGCGGUAACUGUGAUGGAUUUUCACUGUGAGGAGGAUUGAGGAUGAAGGUUGUAUGUUUUUAAUUGUGUAUCACUUGGAGGGCAGUUACGCAGAGAGCCAGCGCUCCAAGUGACUUGUAGGAUAAUUAAUUGCAUUCAAGUACCUUCUUCGGGGAUGUGAAUGAAUGUUUUGACCGAACACUCAGCAUUUUGUAGGUACAAAUUUGAAUUGGAACCCUAAAGUCAACCCCAGUGUUGAUUUCCCAACAUGGGUUAAAGAAAAAAAUGUCCAAACAAAAUCGCCAUGGUUCUGGUCUUUAUGGGGAGGACUUUUCAUAUGCUUUGUUCUUAACCUCACGAAAUUUGAGGUGUUUUCCUAUUUGAUGAACAGGUGCUGCUUACCAGACACAAAAACUAACAAGAAAUUAGGAAAUGUCUCAAUUAUUUGGCUUGCUUGUUCAAGCUCUGAUUUCUUUUUUAUUGAAGGUAAUUUAAGGAAAUAUGAUAUUUAAAUAACAGAUGCUUUUGACUGACCAGAAGAUUCAUGGGUCACAUGAUUUUUAAAAACCUUUUAUUAUAGAAAUAAGUCUUCCUGUCUACCUGCCACCCUCCUCCUCAGGGUUAGUGAGCAGCUGUUACGUGCUUUGCUGCCCAUCAGAACAGAGAGGACAAGGAACAUCUAAGCAGUGAUAGAUUGACUACCUGUCAGCCUUCACCGUUUGGCUGUUAUAUAAUUGAUUGUGAAUAGUGACACUGCCAAGGCCAGGGGCUUCGGGAAACUUAGAAUCAAUGAGACUUGAACCACAACUGCAGUCCUCACAUGAGCCCUCCUCAAGUGUGCAGAAAUACCAGGCUGUGCUUUUAUGAAUGGGUAGGUUUCAAGGAAAGAAGCUGCUAAGUGUUGUAGGCUCGUGGGUCUUGCUUCAUUUUCCUUGUGAGAAAGUAUAGAAUUGUAGAUUUGUAUACCAGUUCACUCUAGAAAGCCCCUUACAAGAACUGUUACUGGCUCAGUGUCGUAUGUGUAAAUAUUGGAGGGGUGGGGCCCAAGGCUGAGGUCUUUCAAGUUGCCCUGGCGAGUUCAUUAUGCCUUGUGGGCUCGAUUUCUUUAUAAACUCGUUCCGUGGGCCUGAGUGUGCUAGGAAUCCUCGUUCACUCUUGUCUGUCACAUUUAGUCACGGUGGCCCAGGCCAAGUUUGGAAACGUGUUCAGUGUCUCUGUUUUCACACAGUACUGUGAGGCUCUGUGAAUAGCCGCAAGGUGAAUUUCCAAGUCACCAGGACUUCUUCUGGUUCUUAUUUAUCUUUUAAAUGAUCCAUGCCCACCUGCUUACUUGCUGGGUUUCCCUGGGAUGCACAGUAGAUACAGAGGGGCAAAGGGAUAACGGAGCAGAAUGGCACUGAUUUCAGGGCAGCCCCUUCUGCUGAGUCUCCUCUGGUACCUCUUUUUUAUGCUUGAUCACUUCACGUAUCUACCCUGCCCACCACCACUGGAGUAAUCUUUUUUUUUUAAGAGAAAGAUCUCUGGCCUUGAUGGGUCACCCCACUUUCUUGGAUGAGGAAUACUGGGUCCCUUAAGGCCUGAUACUGUCACUUCUCUGUUCAUUUGUCUCCCUGUUCCUCUGCUGAGUGCUCCAGCGCAGUGGGCGAUCUGUUUGCCAGGGCCUGGCCGUGCCUCAGGGGCCCCCACCCCUGCGCCUCUGCUCUUGCUGCCCCUCUUUCUGAAAUGCCCUGCCCUCCUCUCCACUGGCCCACAUCAGACCCAUCUCUUAAAGCCCAGCUUCAUCAGUUCCACAUGAAGAAUUCUCAGCUCAGUAGCAUCCCCUCCUCCUCUAAAAACAAAACAUUCAUCAUUUCCUUCCCUAAAGGCUGUGUGGAAAAAAGUUUGCUUAGAUAGUGGGCCACACAGGUACUUGUUUUUCAUUUGUGUGUGUGCGUGUGUGCGUGUCAAAGACUCCACUGACAAUCUAAUGAAAAUUCCAUACCUUAUUCCCAGGAAAAUGCAUAUACGCAAAUCUCUAAAAUUUUACUUAUAAAUUCAGAUUUAAAGACCUGAAAUCGUUCAAGGAUUCCUUAGGGGGUUCAUGAGCCCUAGUUGAAGAGGUCUUAUCCUAAAGAGACUCUUAAAUAUUACUGUUAUUGAUGUUUAUUUUUUCUGUAACAUCUUCAGGAAGGAGACAAAUCGGUGUAUGAUAUGCAAGCAACAAGUCCUUUCUACUUUACCCGCACUGAACAUGUGUUAGGUGACAGACAAGGAGCUUAGCAGGAGCUGUCCUACACGGGAUGAGAAAGUAACUUUGUUUUGACAGACUGGGAAUUUUGAAAGUGAUAGGGUUUUGUUGUUGGUAUCAUCAUCUAUCUUUUAUUUGGAACUUUUUUAUUUUUAAAAAUUUUUUAUGGGAAAAAGAUAAAAUAAAACUUUAUAACAAAAUAACAGGAAUAACAAUAGUUAAUACACUGCAUGUUGUUAUCUUUAAAGUAGUUGCUCAGGGUGCAAAAUAUGGGCAUGAAAAUUUCUCCAAUGGAUAUUAGCACAAAAUUUCCCUUUUAAUGGACUACGAGACACAAAUAGUAUAAUUGAUGUACGUUUUUUCCCUUUGCCCUUCCUUCCUUUCCCCUUUGACUCCUCCUAGUUCCUUUUGAACAAUUUCUUCUCAUUUCACAAUAUCUAUUGUACAUUUUAGAGCUGAUUUAUUCUUUCAAUUUCUCAUACCAGGGAGACAAUACAGUGUUUACAUUUGUAAGUCUGAUUUAUUUCACUUACAAGUAUAGUCUCAAGUUGCAUCCAUUUACCUAGAAAAGUUUCAACUGUGUCCUUCUUUAUGACCGAGUAGUACUCUAUUGUAUAAAACUGUCACACCUUUUUAUCUAUCCCUUGAUUGAUGGUCAUCAUCUAUCUUUUAACUACCCAAGAAUUUAAUUUGUCAAAAUGAGGUUGGGGCCAACUGAGCUGCCUUUCAGCCCUGAAACCCACCACUUCUGCAUGGAAAGGCCAGUUAGUCUGGAGCUAAGAUGGGAGAGAAGUGGCUGGAUUUUUCUCAUGGGAACAAGAUCUCUGUAGUCAAGAUUUUCCUGUAUUCAUUCAUUCUUCCAUAGAGCAGUUGUUGAGUAUAUUUUCAAUAAAAGGAUGGUGACUUUUAUUGAUAGGGAACAACUCAGGCAAUGUCUUUUUUUUUAAACCCCAAGAUGUUUAAUUUGUGGACAAAUGAAGGCACCUGCAAUAAUAAAAAAAUAACUUAUGGCUGUGAUCCAGCUAGCACCAAACUCCUGAUCAUUUCAGUAGAGAAACAUCAUGUGGAGUAAAAGAUUAAUUACAGUACUCUGGACUUCUGUACACAAAUAAUUUCAGCAGUGAUCUUGAUGGACAUCUUAUAUUUUAAAAUCUCACUAUUGUUCCCUAUUACAGCUAUAGGUAUCUUGAAACAUUCCAUUAACUGUAUUAUAUAUGUAUAUAUGUAUACUUUUAUAGAAAGUAAAAUUACUAAAUGAUAUUAAUCCCUUUACCCUACAACAUCAGGAAAUAUCUAUUUUUAUUUGUUUUUACUCUAUGGCUCUCAAAUAAUUUUCAUCUAUUAGCAAUAUUUAAAUUUUUUUCUUUAGUACUUUUCCCGAAAAUUACCUCAUGGCUUUUUAAACAAAUAACAGUUAGCUUUUGAAUUGCCAUAUUAGUUAGUGGUAGCUAAACUAUUAACAGAGAGAAUAUCAUAUAUAUUCAUAGGAUGGCUAGAAAGGAUGAAUGCUCUAUCUACUUAGUAUCAUCUUCCUUUUUAAAAAGCAAUCUGUGGACUUUCUUCUUGAAUAGCUGUUCGGAAUAGAAGUGAGUAUUCUUUUGAAUUUUCUUCUACCCCCCUCCCCCAAAGCCCAAGAGAUCAAGUUUGGCUCAUUAACCUGACCAAUGAUUGUAUUUUUAUCUUUAACUGUAUUUGAUUUUUUUUUGCGCCAAUAAGCCUAAAGACAGUGUUCAAAUAUCUGACAGAUCUCUGUUUCAGUAGGGGUGACAUAGUUUACUCUUCACAAAAAUGAUUUUACCUCCAGUAAUAAGCUCAUGGGAUCAGAUCGUGCUUAUUGUAAAGAUAUGUUUUCCCCAGUUGUCCCCACGGCACAGAAUGUCUGACAACACAAACACUGGCAGGGGUGACAGUUUCUGCAGAAUGAUGGCUGGAUAAGUGAGACCCCGAGUCACUCCCUUAGGAGUGUUAGAAUUUCACUGCGUAGGAGAAAAGGAGGAAACAGCAGUGAUUAGCAGGCUUCCAGGCCUGCGGCAUGCUGUGUUCGAGACAUGCCAGGCAUCUGAGCCGUUUCCUCUGAGGUGGCAUCUUACUAAUCAAAGGAGACAUCUCUAAAUCAAAAACAAAUGCAGUCUGUGUUAGGAAAUGAUGACUUGUGGCUAUAAAAAUGGCCAGUACAGGAAACACUGAGGCAUGUUUUUUACUUUAAUUUUGAUGCUUGUGCGCUGGAUUGCCCGUCACAGCUAGGCAGGGGUAUUUGCAGAGUAUCUUAGAGGUGCUUGCUCUAACAUGUUUACUUCUUUGAUUUUGUAACUUCCUUCUAGUCUCUUAAAAGGGUUCAUAGCCUUGCUUUUGCAUCUUAUAAAUAAAAAGUAUACAAAGUAAUGUGUAUUCGAUUUCAUUUGUUUAUUCAUUUAUUUUGGUCUUUCUGAGACGGGGUCUUGCUAUGCAGUUCAGACUGGCCUUGAGCUCACUUUGUGACUCAGCCUGGUCUUGAACUUGUACCAAUCCUCCUGCCUCAGCCUCCUGAGUGCUGGGAACACAGACAUGUGUAUUUUAUUUAGUGAAGUUUUUUUUUUUUUAAGUGUUUAGAGACAUUCCAAAUCAUCCCUAUGUAGGCAGUAGUCUGCAAACCUUUGUGCUUAUUCACUGUAUCGCCAAACCUUUCUGUGCAUGUCUCUCAGUGUAUUUAUUUAUGAUAUGCACAUAUGUAUAUAUGUAUACACUGUUGUAUAUGUAUACACUGGUUUACUGAUACAAGAUAUACAUUAAAAAAGCCAUAGCCAGCACAGAAUUUUAAAAAUAAAUAUUCUCUGAUACUCAAUGAAGUUUAAGGGAUGGUGUAAGAGAUACUUAAUGGUGACUCCCAGAAGGCUGAAGUUGACGAGUGAGUCUGUACCAUGUAUGGCAAAGUGGAUAUAAAAUAAACAUGGAUGCAUGACUUCAGUUCAGGUGUUUAUUUACUUAGUAUAGGUAUUUUUGGCUAGGGGAAGGGACGAGAGAACAAUUAGAAGUAACUUCCGUGAGAGCUCUUUUUAAUUCUGUUUUUGGGACCUCGUGAUUUAGAAUGCUUUUCAAGUACCUGAAAGAUUUCACAAUACAUGGACUGGAAUAAAACAAGACAGAAGGAGGAACCCAGCCAUGCGAAUGCAGAAGUGCUGGAUGGAAUUUGAGCACCAGUCUGGAAAGCAUGUUUUGAUAAUACCUGGUAAUCAUCAUUUCAUGACUGUACGUCUGUGUUCUAUUUGUUAAUAGCCCUGUGUAUCCAUAAAUGUGGGAGAUACACAGACUUAUCUUCAGAUAUCUGAGAUAGCAAGGGCCAAUGUUGGCAUUAUUUGAAUCCAAAUUUCAGCUGCGUGGAGGCUGAUGGGGGACACCUGCCGGGAGACCUUUCCCUGGACUGCCUGACUUGCAAACACGAUGAGUAGCGUCUUGUUGAACAAGGGCCUAAUGUGGAAACAGCAUUCCAGUGUUUAUUUCUGGGCCUAUGAAUUACUUUAGCACAGUUACUGUUAGUCGUUUAUAAAGCCAUAUAUAAACUUGUACACUUGAUUGUAAGAUAGAUUUACUAGAUGCCUAUGUUGACUACUGUAUAUAAAUGUGGAACUCCUGUACAUUUGGUCUUAAUGCUGUAUGUAUUUGAUGUGUAAAUGAUAACUAAUGGAUAUGAAA